AUGUCGUCGGAAUCAGGACUUGAGACUGACUAUUUGACGUUGACACGCUUCAUUAUACAAGAACAGAGAAAAUUCCCGUCAGCUACAGGUGAGCUGACACAGCUGAUGAAUGGCCUGCAAACAGCUAUUAAGGCUGUCUCAAUAGCUGUUCGUAAAGCAGGGAUGAUUAAUCUUUAUGGUUUAACUGGUUCCAGUAAUGUUCAAGGUGAAGAUGUGAAAAAGUUAGAUGUUCUAUCCAAUGAUUUAUUUAUCAAUAUGUUAAAAUCAUCUUAUUCAACAUGUUUACUUAUCUCAGAAGAAAAUGAUGAAGCUAUAGAAGUGGAAUUCGAUAAACGAGGAAAAUAUAUUGUUUGUUUUGAUCCAUUAGAUGGUUCAUCAAAUAUUGAUUGUUUAGGUUCAAUUGGUUCAAUAUUUCUUAUUUUACGUUCAUCAUUACAUAAUGAGAAAAGUGAAAUAUCUCAUAAAUUAGCAUUACAACCUGGUCGUCAAGCUGUUGCUGCUGGUUAUGCUUUAUACGGUAGUGCUACGAUGUUUGUUUUAACUGUUGGAACUGGUGUACAUGGUUUUACAUUGGAUCCAGCAAUUGGUGAAUUCAUACUAACACAUCCUAAUAUCUCUGUUAAACCACGUGGAAAUAUUUAUUCAAUUAAUGAAGGUUAUGCAAGUCUUUGGGAUAAUGCUAUAACAGAAUAUAUUCGAAUGAAAAAAUUUCCUGAAUCGGGUAAACCUUAUAGCGCACGUUAUUGUGGAUCUAUGGUUGCUGAUGUUCAUCGUACAUUAAUUUAUGGCGGAAUCUUUCUUUACCCAAGUACAAAACAAUCUCCUAAAGGAAAGAAUCGUCUACGAUGGCGCAGAUACAUUCAUCCUUUGUCUUUCUUUAGAUCCCAAGUAUCUGAAUUAAUGGCAAUUUAUAUCUUCUUUUCGAAUCAUAUUUUCAAUGCCUAAUCUUAUCUAUUACCAAUAAAAUAUUGUUUCUACCUCGACUACUUUCAGAUUGAUCUUAAAAGUUUCAUUUCACCGUGUUAAUGAGAUAUAACAACUUGAAUCAAUGUACACUUAUAAUGGGUUUCACAUUGCAUAUGACUUAUUGAAUGGAUUUGUUCAAUACAAUAUGACCUUUUGUUUUAAAUUGAAGCUAAAUAGUCUUAGUCGUGUACGUAUACUAUUUUCAUGAUGAUGUAUAAUAGUUUGUGAUUCAAGAAAAGGAUUCGAAUGGUAAUA